UCGCUACGACGUAACAUUCGACGCUACACAGGGCUUUGGCAAAUCCGAUGGUGACGCAAGCUUGAGUGUUUAGGGAAUUGUUCACCCCACAGCCGGUUCUAGGAAGUGACCCUGUCCAACUUAUACUACACACGACUUCCGUUUCCGGCCAUUCUAUCUUCACCUUGACACUCUGGAGUGUCCAUCGAUUGUCCUUAUCUCACCAUCACAUCUAAAUACUCGUCGUCGGUGAUUACAACCACAAAUAUGUGGUUAUCCUCGAGUCUUUCGUACCUCGUGGCCAUUGUGGCCUUGUCACCCUUCGUGUCAGCCAUUCGGCUCCUUCAGUCGACGUCGCUAACAGAAUGUAUGGCGAAUUCGAACUUUUCGGCAUCUCUAUUCCAAGUCACCUUCACCCCCGACAACAAAACGCUCGCUAUUAAUAUCAACGGUAUUUCGUCGAUAUCUGGAAAUGUCACGGCAGAAGUCGUAGUUACCGCGUACGGCUUUCAAGCAUUAAGACAGAAGCUGAGUCCUUGCGAUUUGAAAUUGGACGGUUUAUGUCCCAUGCAAACCGGUCCUAUCGCUAUCGACACCACCAUUCCUAUCUCUGAUUCCGUGGUCAAAGCUAUUCCCAGCAUCGCUUUCAACGUUCCUGAUCUGGAUGGACAGGUCUUUGUAUACAUCAACUCCACAGAUACUGGCGAGACUAUCGCUUGUCUGGAAGCCAAUCUUACAAACAGCCAAACAGUUCACCAAAAAGCUGUCGAAUGGGUUGUGGCUGUUAUUGCAGGUCUCGGUCUUGUGGCUUCGGCCAUUACCUCUGGACUCGGUCACUCAAACACCGCUGCACACGUCGCUGCUAAUGCACUGUCUCUUUUCGGAUUUUUCCAAGCUCAAGCUAUGAUCGGCGAUACGGCUGUUCAUAUGCCUCCUAUCGUUGCAGCUUGGACACAGAAUUUCCAAUGGAGCAUGGGUAUUAUUCAGGUUGACUUUUUGCAGAAAAUCGCGACAUGGUAUCAACGGGCUACUGGCGGAACUGCGAGUACACUAUUGCAGAGUCUGGACACUACAUCAGUGGUAGUGCAAAAGCGAGCGUUCGACACAGGGAUGGACCUAUAUCGCCGCGGUAUGAAUUAUUUUGAUAGACGAGCCACCGGGACAAGCCAGACAGUGACGAUAUCUGGUAUCGAGCGAGUGGGCUUCAAAGCUGAUAUCGAAUCGACCAACAUCUUUUUGACUGGUCUUAUUUGGUUCGUCGUUUUUGUCGCCUUGGUCAUGAUUGGAGUUUCGGCAUUCAAGGGUAUUUGUGAAUUGUUGGUUAAAUACAACAAAAUGCCUAGCGACAAGUUCCAGGAUUUCCGAAACGGAUGGAAGAUUGUCAUGCGUGGUAUUCUCUUUCGCCUCACGCUUAUUGGUUGGGCUCAGAUGUGUGUCCUCUGUCUUUGGGAGUUGACAAAGCGUGACUCUGCGGCUGAAGUCAUUCUUGCUAUACUCAUGUUUUUGUCGAUGGCGAUAGUGCUCGGUUGGGCGGCUUUCAAGGUCAUUACACUUGCCAGACGGUCCAUUGCCAUGCAUAAGAAUCCGGCCUAUAUUCUCUACUCCGACCCUGCUUGCUUGAACAAGUGGGGCUUCUUGUAUGUCCAGUACAGGGCUACAGCAUACUACUUUGUCAUCCCUGUGCUUGGGUAUCUGCUUCUCAAGGGCAUAUUUAUUGCCUUUGGACAAAAGGCGCAAGUUGCGCAAGCUGUCGCUUUCUUGGUCAUUGAGGCUUCCUUCUUGAUUGCCGUCAGCGUGAUUCGCCCCUGGAUGGACAAGAGAACCAACAUCUUCAACAUUUCGAUUGCGGCUUGCAACUUUUUGAAUGCUAUUUUCUUACUAGUCUUUAGCGAUGUUUUUAAUCAACCGGGAAUGGUUACUGGUGUUAUGGGAAUUGUCUUUUUUGUCUACAACGCAGUUUUUGCGUUGGUUCUUUUGAUUCUGGUUUUGAUCGCCUCUAUAUACGCGAUUGUCUCCAAGAACCCAGAUAUGCGCUACCAACCCAUGCGCGAUGACCGUGGCUCAUUCAUCAAGAGCAAUGUUGAGCUCAACACAGAACUAGAUGCAUUAGCCAACACCGCUCGUGGAGGCGGUGAGAUGGAACUUAAAUCGACAGCCUACCACCCAACAUACGAAGAGGAGUCUCACUCUAUUUCAAGCGGUAACGGCGCCAGUAUAAACGGUGCCACCAUAAACCAUCGACCACACGACAUUAACAAGGCACCUCCAUCACCCAUCGAUCCUGCGGUGCCUUUAUUCCCUAGCCAUGCACCACCAUCGUACGAACAAAACGGGUACGGACAAAACGGAUACGGCCAUGAGAUCGAACGGAGUCGAUCACCGGCACAGAUUGGAGAUUUCAAUCCUGCAUCUGCAUUAGCCAUGCAGAAUUAUAGACAACAACACAAUGCCAGUCCAUGGCAACGAGGCGCCGGCUAUGAUCAUUAGUCUUGCUAUAUGCCUAGAGUCGUUUGUCUGUUUAUGAUGAGACAUGCCAUACCAUACCAUACAUUUCAGGCCGUUUUUACGUUUAUUCUCUAUCACUCCUUCUUUUUCCUUUUAUAGAACUUUCAACCUCGUCUAUGGAUAUACCAGGCGUUCAUCUUCGCUUCAUUUAUCUCUUAUCUUUUUUCUUUUACUUCGACUUCUCUAUUUUAGAACACAGCAUGUGCGGGAUCUGGCUUAUCAUUAUUCGGGGUUUUCAUUAUGGUAUUUCUUUCUUUCCCUUGAAGAAGGGGACGGAUUCGAAACGUCAUUUUAUUUUUCCCCUUGUAAUUGUUUUCUUUGAUUGUAUGGGAUAACGGCGUUGUCUCUUUGGAUUAUGCAUAUCUAUGUAUGUAUAAAAUUAUUUGCUUUAUUAGCUUCAAGGGGCAUGGGCUGUUUGCGUAUGUAACAAUUGAAAUGUUUCGAUUUAUUUC